AUGGCUCGCUGGCACAUCCUGGCCUUGGCCCUCUGCUCCUACCUCGGGGUAACCUGGGCUGCCACCCUGGGUGUGGUGCUCACCGAGGGAGGAUUUGUGGAAGGCGAGAGCAAGAAACUGGGACUCUUUGGGAGCUAUGUGGACAUCUUCAGAGGGAUUCCCUUUGCUGCCCCACCAAAGAUGUUUGAAGAUCCCCAACCUCAUCCUGGCUGGGAAGGAACAUUGAAGGCAAAGAAAUUCAAAAAUCGCUGCCUGCAGGUGAAGCUGACACAGACUGAUGUUCGUGGGAGCGAGGACUGUCUGUACCUGAACAUCUGGGUCCCUCAAGGGAGGAGACAGGUCUCCACCAAGCUGCCCGUGAUGGUUUAUAUUUAUGGUGGUGCCUUCUUGGUCGGAGGCAGCCAGGGAGCCAAUUUCCUGGACAAUUACCUGUACGAUGGGGAGGAGAUCGCCGUGCGCGGAAACGUCAUCGUGGUGACCAUCAACUACCGCCUGGGGCCGCUCGGCUUCCUGAGCACCGGCGAUGAGAACCUGCCAGGGAACUACGGGCUCAAGGACCAGCACAUGGCCAUUGCCUGGGUGAAGAGGAACAUCAAGGCCUUUGGAGGUGACCCAGACAACAUCACCAUCUUUGGGGAGUCG